AUGAGAUCUACUUUUUCCAUGUCAACCACACUAUUUGUGGUUGCUAUCACCAUUGCCACAUGUCAGGCCUUUCAGCAUUCACCAUUGCCGUCAUUUUCACCACAAGUGACGACGAGAUCUAAAAGCAACAAGGGAGUCCAAGAAUACUUGACCACGUCAAGAUUUCCCUCCUCCUUCACAGAUUCCUCGUCCCGACUGUCCACGUCAUCCACUCAAUUGUCGGCAUCACCUCUCUCUACAUUGGCUUCGUCGCCCUUGGGUGCCGUUACAGUACUGGCAUCCAUUGUGGUUGUCCAUGAAGCGGGACAUUAUUUGGCUGCUCGAACCUUUAAUAUUUCGGUGGACGAGUUUUCGGUAGGAUUUGGACCCAAACUGGUGGGAUUUGAAGCCUUGGGCAACGAAUUCAACUUGCGAGCCCUUCCUCUGGGAGGAUAUGUCCGGUUUCCAGAAAAUUACAAUCUUACUCUAGCAGAACAAAAGAGUAAACUUGCCUUGGAUGCCUUUACUCAACGGCGUUUGGACGAAGGAUGGACUUGGAAAGAAGAUACUCUGAAUAUUAUCACAUUUGGUCAGUGGGACGAGAAACGACGCAAACAAAGAAAGGAUGACGCAGAUAAAAACGUCGUCCAAGACUGGAAAAAGCUAUCAUGGUGGCAAAAGAUUGGAAAGAAAGGACCCAAAAAGGGAAGUUUCGGUGCUGCCACAAGUGAUGAUCCAGAAGAUUUCGUAAUCGACUACUACGAUGAUCCCAAUUUACUUCAGAACCGACCAUGGUUCGAGCGUGCCGUGGUACUGUCUGGUGGAGUCAUCUUCAAUCUGAUCCUAGCGUUCUUGAUAUAUUUUGGUGAAAUUGGUACUCCAUAUGGUAAUGGACUGCCACAACCAAUUUUCGAUGACGGCGUUGUGGUCAGUCAAGCCCCGAAUCGAAAGGGCCCUUCCGAUGGAAUGCUCAACAAAGGAGAUGUGAUUCUAGGAAUCAACGGCAAGACAAUUUCCAUGUCGAAACCACCAAAUGGUCCAGGAAAUGCAGUCGCAGCCUCCAAACAAGUCGCUGAUAUCAUCUCUGGCAUUCGAGAAACCAAGGAUGGCGAGAGUGUAACGCUGUUGGUACGAAAGGAAGGAAAAACGAAUCCCCAAGAUUUGGCGAUUACACCGACACGUAACAACCAAGCUUCACCCCAAACCAUUGGAGUUUUCUUGAGCCCAAACUAUCUCAAGACAGAAAAGCUAAAGUCGAGCAAUCCAGUAGAGGCUUCUCGCUUAGCAUUUGGCUAUCUCAAGGGAGUCACGGGUCAAACGUUGGAUGGAUACAAGAGCAUUGCCUCGACCUAUCUGUCGGGCAAGGCAGCCCCUCCGGGUCAAGGAAUCUCAGGUCCAGUUGGACUCAUUCAGUCAGGAACUCAAGUUGUCUCCACCAAGGAUGUCACCACUAUCCUACUCUUUGCAGCGGCCCUGUCUGUCAAUCUAGGUGUUGUCAACGCACUUCCAAUACCAGCCUUGGACGGUGGACAGUUGCUAUUUGUCGUGGCGGAAGCCAUCACUGGACGCAAGGUUAGCCAAAAACUUCAAGAGAACCUCACCAGUGUCGCAGUGCUGUUCCUUUUACUGGUGACAGUGUCGGCGACAUUUAGUGACGUUGGAAGAUUAUUUGGACGAUAG